CCAUCGAAGAAGAAGAGGGCGGUCGUUAGCAAAGUGUCGAAAACAACACAAAAACGACGCAAAAAAACAGUUAAAUAGAUUGGUGUGAGGAAGAAAAAAAAAUCCAAAACAGCUUAUGACUGUUUAACCAUACAAUGGCGACAAACGAAGAAAACCAGCACCAGCAAAGACGAACGGAAGACAUCCAGCAGCUGAUUGGUCACCAGGAGGAGGUCUCCCCUCAGCAGCUCAUCAUUAAAGAUGAGGAAGAGGAUUCAUGGCUUUCCCACGAGGAAGAGGAGGAUGGGCAGUCUCCUUACAUUAAAGUGGAAGUGUUGGAGGCUGACGUCAGCAAGUUUCCACGAACCGGUGAGACCGUGAAGAGUGAAAAGGAUGAUGGCGAUCCACCAGAGCGCUCAUGGCGUCAUCACGUGACGACAGAAACGGACGGAGACGGCCCUGUGGGAGCGCCGCCCGACAGCCUCUUGGCUCCACUAUCAGACAGUGACGACAUCCAAGUGACAAGCGAUUCCGACUCUGAAUGCUGGAAAACGGACCCGACUUUUAACUCCAAGCAAAGUUGUCACCUUAAACGGAGCAAAGCCAAACGUUUCCGAUGCACCGUUUGCAGUCAAAGAUUUCUUCGGGAAAAGCAUUUGACGAGACACACGAGAACGCACACGGGAGAAAUACUUCGUUGCUCGGCUUGUUUUAAAGGGUUCCUGCAUAAGCACGCUUUAAUCAAACACACGCUGAUGCAUUCGGAAGCGAGAGCCGCUCGUUGUUCCGUCUGGGGAAAAGGCUUCAUUCAAAAGCCAAACGCAGCGACGCCCGUGUUGACGAGCGACCCCGCUCUUCUUACAAACGACCCCGUUAACAACCACAUUGUUUCGGAUGAUCCUCGUGUGAGGUCACCCGCGGUGCUCGACUGGGUCAACAGUCACCAGACAAAUGCAGAAUGCUCGGCCGCGACGUCCCUCGCGCAUUGUGAACGUUCGCAGAGCGAGUCAGAUAAUUCCGGCGGCGCCUUAGCCCCGAGCACGUCCCCGACGCAAGUGAAAAUGAUUAAGAGGUCCGUUCGUUUGACUGUGGAACAGAAGAAGGAAAUAAUAGCUGAACACGAAAGCGGCGUGCGCGUUUGCGAUCUGGCAACGCAGUUUGGUUUGGCCAAAUCCACCGUUUGUACAAUUCUUAAAAACAAAGCGUCAAUAAAGGCAGCCGACGUGGCUAAAGGAGUGACUCUUUUGACAAAGCAACGGCCGCAAAUUCUCGAAGAGGUGGAGAAACUAUUGCUCCUGUGGGUCAACGUCAAAGAGCUCGCCGGCGACGGCGUGAGGGCCGCCGCAGUCAUUGAAAAGGCAAAGCAGUUGCACAGCGACUUGGUAGCCGGCGCACAGAGUGCCAGUCGGGUCCAAUGCGACAAGUUCAAAGCCAGUCGAGGCUGGUUUGAUAAUUUCAUCAAGCGGAGCGGAAUCCGAAGCAUUCGCCACGACCAGGAUGUCGCCGGUUUAAACCAAAAGGCCGCUGAGAAAUUUGCCGCUCAGUUUGAAAGGUUUGUGACGAGCGAAGGCUACCUCCCCAAUCAAGUUUUUAGUUUAGGCCAAGCGGGCUUGUUUUGGAGAAAAAUGCCCAGAAGGACGUCCCUGACCAAAGAGGAGAAGGCGCGGCCGGGGCAUAAGCCCAUGAAGGACAAGUUGACGCUUUUGCUCUGUGCCAACGCAAGCGGCGAUUGUCAACUCAAGCCGCUUUUAGUCUACCACUCGGAAAAUCCUCGCGCAUUUAAGAGCAACCGCGUGGUGAAGGCCGAGCUGCCCGUCAUGUGGAGAGCAAAUCCCAAAAUUAGGGUCACGCGCCUUUUUUUCACCGAGUGGGUGACUCAAGUCUUUGCGCCGGCUGUCAAGACGUAUCUUGAGGAGAACGCUUUGCCCCUCAAAUGUCUCCUCGUACUGGACAAAGCGCCUGCUCAUCCUCCCAGUUUGGAAGAAGACCUGGACAUUGAAUACAACUUCAUAAAAGUCCAAUCGCUGCCAUCCAACACGACUCUUUUGCUUCAGCCCAUGGGUCAGGAGGUCGCCACUCAUUUCAGGAAAUUGUAUACCAAGGCACUUUUCUCCAGAUGUUUUCAGGUCACAAAGGGCACCGAUCUUGCCCUGACCAAUUUUUGGAGGGACCACUUCAACAUUUUUCACUGCAUCCACAUCAUCGACGAGGUCUGGAGGGAGAUCUCUCAUCGCACGUUGCAAUCUGCUUGGAAGAAACUUUGGCCAUCUUAUGCAGAAGGGAGAGGCUUGGACGGCCUCGACUUUGAGGAGGAGGCCGUGGUGGAUGAAAUUGUGUCCAUUGGCAGAUCUAUGGGCUUGGAGGUUGACAGGCAAGAUGUUGAAGAGCUGGUGGAGGAGCAGAUGGAAGAUCACCACAAAGAACUCACCACUGAGGAACUUCUUGAGCUGCAGAGGGAACAAAUCAAAAGCUACUAACCAAGAGAAUUCAUCAAAGGAAGAUGAAGUGAGAAACUUGGUUUAAUACAUUAAAAAAAAAA